GUCGAGAGGGUGCAGGCCGAGGCGCAACAAAACCGUGUUCGAACAGACAUUGAGCGUCGCGCAGCCAUAAUGCAUAAACUUCAGGAAGUAAUCGACUCACACCCGACUGAAACCCGCGACCAAGUGUACGAAUGGGAACCGGACGACGUAAAAUUGUACGCCAACUUCAUGUUCGAAGUGGUUGCAGCUCACGCACGUACCGAUGCAGUGCUCUAUGACUGUGGUCUUGGAGACGCCGUCCCGUCUAAUACUAGUUUCUACAAGCCUGCUCGUAAGAGAGACGCGCUUCGAAACGUUGAUUACUUCGAGAGCACCUCGUCGUUUACCAUACCCAGUACAUAUCCAAAAGCAGCGAACGCCAUGUUCGACUCGAUGCGUCAA